GAAAUGUCUGAGCGUGUGCAGAGAUCUCUGGUUCUGCCCACCUUUGUCUGGCUCCUCCUCCCAUUGAUGCUCCUCCUCCUCACACUGCCCCUUGGUUGCCAUGGCAGCAGGAUCCUGGUGUUCCCUAUAGACGGCAGCCACUGGGUCAACAUGGAGGUGCUGGUGAAGGAGCUCCAUGGGCGUAGUCACCAGAUGACUGUGAUACGACAGGCUGACAGCUGGUUCGUCAGGGAGCGUUCACCACACUACACCUCAGUCACGGUAAAGCUGGGGGCUACAACGUUCGACCUGAGCUUUUUUGAGCAAGCGGUGCGUAAUGUCCUGGAGGGACGCAGGAAAGGCCUGGUGAUGGGCAGCCUGGUCCAGAUCAGAGAGCUGGUGUCCAUUCUGAGAGCUGCCCACAGCUCCACCUGCACCAUGCUCUCCAUUAUGCUGGAGGACUGGGCCCUGAUGAAACAGCUCAAGGACUCACGCUUUGAUCUCAUGCUCACGGACCCCGGCAUGCCUGCUGGUAUCAUUAUAGCACAUUACCUCAACCUGACCAUGGUCUACAAUGUGCGCUGGAUGAGCUUUGGAGAGGGCCAUUUCUCUGUAGCCCCCUCUCCUAUCUCGUAUGUGCCUGUACCAGGCUCUGGGCUCACUGACAACAUGUGUCUCCUCCAGAGGACACAAAACCUCAUACAUUACAUCAUCAACCUCCUCCAGGAGCGCCUGUUGGUGCUACCCAUUUACAGUGACAUACUGGAUCAGCAUUUCCCCCUAGGGACUAACCUGCUAUCCUUGCAGCAGUCAGCUGACAUGUGGCUGAUGAGGGUGGACUUUGUAUUUGAGUUCCCGCGGCCCACUAUGCCUAAUGUGGUCUACAUAGGGGGAUUCCAGUGUCGACCGGCCAAGCCACUGCCUGGGGAGCUGGAGGCCUUCAUGCAGAGCUCUGGGGAGCAGGGGGUGGUGGUGAUGUCCCUGGGCACCCUAAUCUCUGCUCUGCCUAAGGAGGUGACUGAGGCUGUUGCUGCCGCCUUUGCCCAACUGCCACAGAAGGUUGUAUGGAGGUUAAUGGGGAAAAGACCAUCCUCUCUAGGGAACAACACCCUUCUGCUGGACUGGCUUCCCCAGAACGACCUCCUGGGCCACCCAAAGACCCGCGCCUUCGUGGCCCACGGAGGCACCAACGGUAUCUAUGAGGCCAUCUACCAUGGUGUCCCUGUGCUGGGCCUGCCUCUGCUGUUUGACCAGCAAGACAACCUGGUGCGUCUGCAAGCCAAGGGAGCGGCCCAGGUGCUGGAUGCAGCCACACUCACGGAAUGGGAGUUCCUGGAGGCGUUGCAGGACAUCCUGAAGAACCCUUCUUACCAGCGCAGCAUGAAGAGACUGUCCAGCCUACACAGAGACCAGCCUCUGCAUCCACUGGAUCGUGCAGUCUUCUGGGUUGAGUAUGUGAUCAGGAACAAAGGAGCCUCCCACCUCCGUACUGAGGCCUACAGCAUGCCCUGGUACUCAUACUACAGCCUGGAUGUGGUGGUCUUACUACUGACCAUCCCACUGGGCUCUGUAGGGGCUCUGUUCUCCUUUGUCAGAGUGCUACUCAAACAAAGGUCCAAGAAGACAAUGCCCCAUUUAGGGAACACAAAGAUAGAGAACAGCGCUAAACCAGACUCAAAAAGAGUGGGAAACAUACCUCAACUAGAUAAAAAGAAAACAGAGAAAAUGUCCCAUGCAGAUAAGAAGAAAACAGAGAAAACCCAGACAGUGAAGAGCAAAGGUAAGUAA